UACAAGGAGAUCAUACAAGCACUAACCUACAACCUUAGGACUAUCCGCCCACGAUACGUAUAUUUUAGGUACUAUUAGGUAUGAUUACAAGCUCUUAACAGAGCAUUUCAAUACGUUCGUAUCAUCACACUACACUAACAAGGAGAAGCUUUUUUAACGAUGAGCGAUCUAUGAUGACACAAUACCUGAAUAGCUACUAUACCACAAUGAUCUUAUACGUAAACAAGCAUUAAUAUUGUAUACUAUCAAUAUUGUUCACUUACCAUCACUGUUAUUAAUAUAGUAUAUAGUCGCCUAUAUUUUCUCUAAGCUCAUAAUUUCUUUAGCCAUCACACACCUCCUUACAAGGGCACUUUACAACAUCUUGCAACACUUCAGUCUUUAUUAAUAGCUUGCAACAUUGUACGUCCACAAACCCAUUUUGGUCCACCAUAUUCACCACCAUGCUAGAUCAGGCGCAGUCCCCAUUCUUCUCUCUUCCGGGUGAGAUCCGCAAUAUAAUCUAUAAGUAUUACCGCGCCGAUGCAUCAGGAAGCUAUCAGUACAACGGCGUCCUCCGUCCUCGGGAAGUUGCCUCAGCGCUCUCUAAACCACAUGGUCUUCCCAUGACCUGCAAGCUAGCAUACGAUGAAGCUUAUGAGAUGCUCUGCGCUCCCCACGCAGAAAUCACUGCCAUUACUUACCCCGAUUUCCGUCCUGGCUCUGUCCGUAUUUCAAGCGACGGUAUCUUUCAACCUUCUCAGCUUCGUUCCCUCAAUAUCACUUACAUUUACGAUAUUAUACCUUCUUGUGACAACAUAUUCUCUUGCUUCAUGUGGUUUGCCGGAGUGGCCCCUAAUAUCCGUCGAUUAAAGAUUACAGUCGACCACGGCAACGGCAGCCCAGUCUUUGGCAGCCUAGUCUCUCCUCGCCCUGAAUGGAUAGUACGAGGAAGCGUCCUAACAACCUUCAACAGGAUCGUUCUUCCGCAGGUCGUAAGUUUUAGGCAACUCGAAUCCGUCGAAUUAAACGGUCGCUUUAAUGCUGAUAUGGCCAAACUUUUACAUAUCCGACUUACUCGUGCAUCCAUGGGUGAGCAAGUGAGAUUGUACAGAGUUAUACCAUCCGAAUCCACUGAGCCAAUCAGAUCGUAUGAAUCUAUUCCGAUAGAAGCUGCCGAUCUGGAGUUGACACCAAACGAUGAGAACUUUUACGACACAUUAGGCUCCAAAAUAUACACAACAAUCCCUACUGAACCCGAGGGGAUAAUAGACCAUUGGUUCGGGACUGUCAUAGGUUCAUCAGAAUGAACGAGUCUAUGCUAGAUGAAGAAUAUCAGAACUCUUGAAAGUUCCCAAUAUUAACAAUGACGCAUACGCUUCGGAAAUAUAAACGGCGAAAUCCAAGCGAAUUGAAACGCGUUUGAUAUUAGAUAGUAAGAUAGUUAAUUGAUACCUUUCAAUAAUAUAGCAUACGUACCUAAAAUAACUUUGCUCAUCCCAAUAGAAUUACCCAAUAUUGGACACAGAUGAUAGUAAAAAUUCUACGCAAUUAACUAAAUACGCGAAUGAAAUAAAGAAAGCGGCAAGAGAGAAAAAAAAAUACCGAAAAAAAAAGGAACGUCGCAGUAAAGUGACGACUCUGCAAACGUGUGACAAGCCCCACGUGGGACUCGAACCCACAGCCUCUGAAUAUCCGAAUAGAAGUUCAGCGCUCUACCAUUGAGCCAGCAGGGCACUGCUGGAUAUCGAGUUCUUAUGUGAAUAGAUUUGAUCUAGGAAUUAGCUUGUGGGCUUUCGAUAGCCAAAGAAUUUCAUCCCUUAGACACUUCGUUUUUAGGUAGUUAAAAGAAAAAAAAAUUUGUCGUCACUAGCCUCCACAUGGUCUUACAUAAGGUAAGUGGCUUUUAACCCUAAUGGCAUUAUGGACCGUGCACUAGGGUCAAGUGGGAUGGUCCUAAAAGUUUAUUGGUCCACCA